AUGCUCACCGCAAUACCGAAACCCGCACCGCCGGCAGCUCGGGAACUCGCGAAGGUCGACACCGUAACCGAGCUCAUCGGCAACACGCCACUGGUGGAGAUCAGGAGUGUCGCCCGCGGCCUGUCUCCGGGUGUGAGGGUUCUGGCCAAGCUCGAAGGCUUCAAUCCGGGCGGUUCGGUGAAGGACCGGGCCGCACUCAGGAUGAUCCGGGAGGCGGUGCGCACGGGCCAGCUCAGACCGGGCCAGACCAUCAUCGAAUCGACCUCGGGGAACACCGGUAUCGCCAUCGCCAUGAUCGGCGCGGCGUUGGGCUACCCGGUGCGUCUGGUGCUGCCGUCCAAUGUCAGCGAAGAACGCAAGGGCAUCAUCCGGUUUUUUGGUGGCGACAUCGUAUACAGCAAUCCGAUGGAAGGGUCCGAUGGGGCCAUUCGACUCUGCCGCGAGAUCGUCGGUGAGGAACCGGGGAUUUAUUUCAAACCCGAUCAGUACUUCAACCCCAUGAACAGCCAGGCCCACUACGAGACCACGGGCCCGGAAAUUCAUCGUCAAACCGGCGGGAGCGUCACCCACUUCGUGGCCGGCAUCGGUACCGGCGGAACCGUCAUGGGCACCGGGCGUUUCCUGAAGGAACGGGACCCCCGGAUUCGGGUGAUCGCGGCAGAACCGGACGCCGCGCUGCACGGACUCGAGGGGCUGAAACACAUGGCCAGCUCCAUCGUGCCCGGAAUCUACCACGAAGAGGACCUCGACCUGAAAAUCCCCGUGUCGACGGAGGAUGCGUACGAGAUGGUCUACCGCCUGAGUCAGGAAGAAGGGCUGCUGGUGGGUCAGUCCUCCGGCGCCGCCUUGGAUGCGGCAUUGCAGAUUGCCCGUCAGUUGACCCACGGCACGGUGGUCACGGUGUUCCCUGACUUCGGCAGCCGGUACAUGACAACCAAUCUAUGGACGACCUGGAAGGAAAAGCUGGAUGUCGGCAACCUCGACUUCUCUAUUUGA